UUCAAAUUGUACUAACUUUUAAUAAAGUUUAACGGCGGAUUUUCUUCCUUGCUUUUGCUAUACAAUAAGUAGUUUUUCAUUUUAUUAGAAGAUUGAAAUAAAAUUUGCAAAUAAUAGGUCAAAAUAUAUUAAGAGGAAGUUUUAAAAAUGGAGUCAAAGUUACCAAAGCCUUCGGGAAUAAAACGUCCAACAGCGCUUACGAGAAAUAUUUUACCUAUGGACCGAAUAAAAACAGCAACGCUUGGUUUGCGUUCAAAAUCGGCGAAUUUGUCUAUAUGUGCGUUGGAUAAUUUUCAGCCUCUUUCUCGCGACCUUACUAAUUUACCAAAUAGUUUUCAACGCAGAGAACGUGCAGGAUCUCCAGAUAUAGGCCGCCCGAACGACACAAAUAGUAAUGGUGUUUCUCGCUCAAAAUUACGACGUAGCCGAUCGGCUUGUGAUAUUCGAGAUAUGCGACCUAUGAAGCGUCCCGAAUUAACUCUUGCACCAAUUCCCGCCAAGACAACGCGCUUUGCUAGUGCAGGCGUCACUAAUAAUUCGGCGGUAUCAACACAACCGUUUUCUUCAAACUGUACAGUUUCCAAACCACAACGAAUAGGACAUGUUGCAGUUUCCUCUACCUCAACUGCAAAAAAAGUAUACCCUACAAAAUCUCAAAAUACAGCAAAUGUAGGGAACAAUGGUCCUGGACGCGUUGCUAGCACAAGUACAAAAACGUCAACUACAGUAACUAAGAAAGGCAUGGGGUCGGGUACUACUACAUCUGUUUCAACUACUGGAGCUGGAAAACCUAUUAAUAAACGCAUACCGCCUUACGAUUUUAAAGCACGGUACAAUGAUUUAUUAGAAAAAUACAAAAUACUAAAGGCAAAGUUUGAAGAAAAGUGUGAGCAAAUGGGUGCAAUGGAAGGUGUGCCUGAACAGCUAGAGGAGUCACAAGAUCAGUUAUUCAAAACAAAAGAGGAGUUAAAAAAUAUCUGUACCGAGAGGGAUUGUUUAAGCCAACAAAUUAAGUCAUUAAAUUUGAAAAUAGAUUCCAUUUCGGCAUUAUGCGUGAAGACGAAAGACGAAUUGGACUUUAUAACAGAGGAACAUAAAAUUUUGAAAGAAGCACACGGGACCCUUACUAAUGAAGUACUUGAGCUACGAGAGCGAUCAAUACGCUUAACAGAAGAAAAUGUUUUAUUACAGGAAGAUUUAACUGCUUGUAAGGAACAAUUGUUUCGUGCCAAUUUAGAACGAAAGGAAUUGCAUAAUACAAUUAUGGAUUUGCGUGGAAAUAUACGGGUUUUCUGUCGUGUUAGACCACCGUUGGACUUUGAACAAGAAAAAUUACUUUGUGGAUGGAAUUACGUAGAUGAGUCCACAGUGGAAAUUCAGAACUUUGAGAACAAGAAUAAAAGUGGAGCACAUACUUUUUCAUUCGAUCAUGUAUUUCAUCCUAAUUCAAAACAGGAGGAUAUAUUUGAAAUGGUAUCACCUUUAAUACAAUCGGCAUUAGAUGGCUACAAUAUUUGUAUAUUUGCCUAUGGACAAACAGGUAGUGGGAAAACAUAUACGAUGGAUGGUAUACCAACCAAUGUGGGUGUAAUACCGAGAACCGUAGAUUUGCUUUUCGACUCUAUUAAGAACUAUAAACGCCUUGGAUGGGAAUAUGAGAUACGCGUAACAUUUCUGGAAAUCUACAACGAAGUGCUCUAUGAUCUACUGAGCAAUGAUCAAAAAGAUAUGGAAAUACGCAUGGCUAAACAUAAUAAGAAUGACAUAUAUGUUUCAAACAUAACCCAAGAGACGGUUACAUCAGCGUCACGCUUGCGGGACCUUAUGCAUGUGGCUAAAAUGAAUCGAGCUACGGCUUCAACUGCGGGAAAUGAGCGAUCAUCAAGAUCACAUGCAGUUACUAAAAUAGAACUUAUCGGCUAUCACGCUGAGAAAAAUGAAACAUCUGUCGGUACAAUCAAUCUCGUUGACCUGGCCGGUUCUGAGUCGCCCAAAACAAGUACACGCAUGAACGAAACGAAAAACAUUAAUCGAUCCCUUUCUGAACUUACUAAUGUUAUCUUAGCAUUGUUACAGAAACAAGACCAUAUACCAUAUCGUAAUUCGAAGCUAACACAUUUAUUAAUGCCAUCAUUGGGUGGAAACUCGAAAACAUUAAUGUUUAUAAAUGUGGCACCAUUUCUAGACUGCUUUGUUGAGUCGGUUAAGUCCUUGCGUUUCGCAGCAUCCGUUAAUUCAUGUAAAAUGGCGAAAGCAAAACGCAACAGAUUCUUAAAUACAUCUAGCAAUAAUUCACUCUAAAAUUAGUGCCAAUGUUAUAUUUAUUAAGAUUUUUUUUUAUCUUUGUACAAAUUUUCGUUGCCUGCUUGUAUUUUUUGUGCUUUUCCAGAAAUCACUAACUCCUCAUAUUAGUUUUGUACUUUGCGUUAUUAUUUUUUAAUAAACAAAUAGCUCACAUAAAAUCUAGUGAACUACUUUUUGUAUGCACAUUUUUGCAAUUGCUAUUUCUUUUUCACUUUAAAACAAAAUCAUAGAUUUCUUUUCAUGUGACAGUCAUCACUAGAGAUGGUAUGGAACUUUUUUUCCAAAAUGCUGUUUUUAAUGCACCUUGAAUUAUUUUUUGUUCAAAUGUUUGAAUUUUAAUUUGAUAUAAAUUAAAUAUUUAUAAAUGCAUCGAAUCACUAUACCGGAUUUCUCACAAAUACGUGUAAAUAAAGUUCAGCAAAUCUUUGCAACAAACAUCAGGAGUUAUAAAGAUAAAAUACUCUGAGGUUUGUUGUUUGUAUUGGAUUAAGAGAUUACUGAUUGAAAAUUCUAAUAAGAAUAUAUCAACAAACAAUGACUUGCUGACCAUGUAACCCUUUUCCAAAUUUUUUUCCA